GGAGUCUUAGAGCGGCAGCCCAGGGGUACCCGGUCGCAGAGGGAGCGGGGCGGGAUCUCGGGGCGGGAGGAAUAGAGACGCCAGUCCUCCCGGGUCCCAGAGUGGUCACGCAGGGCAAUGGCGGCGCCUGUGCGCGACCCACAGCAGAAGUGGCGGCAGGACGGGAGAGAGAGGGCAGUGAGCGGUACCGUGAGGCGCAGGUGAAAACAGCAUGGACAGUUCAGAGUCCACUGCAAAGGCCAUUUCUAAGCAAUCAGAGACAUCUGAGAGGUCAUCAGAGGGACUCUUUGUGGUGGCUCCCGGACCAGAUGCUGACGAUGUCUACAAAGAUACUUUAGAGCAGCUGGAAGGCCAGCCCUUAGAAGAAGAAGGGAGUGGACUGGAAAGUGAUUUCUUGGAAAUACCAGACAAGGAUAAAAAUUCCACAAAAGACAGAUGUAAAGAAUAUAUGGAAGUGAAGGGACAUCCACAUCUGUCCUCCAGCCCUGCACAACGCCUGGGAGCUCCAAAGGGACAGAAAUUCUGUCAAUGCGAUGCGUGUGGGAAAGUGUUCAGUCGGAGUUCACACCUCCUUGGCCACCAGAGAAUCCACACUGGAGAGAACCCCUGUGAGUGUAAUGAGUGUGGCAAGACCUUCAGGCAGCCCUCUCAGCUCAUUGUUCAUCUCAGAACCCACACAGGGGAGAAACCCUACGAAUGUAACGAGUGUGGGAAGACCUAUCGGCACAGCUCCCACCUCAUCCAGCACCAGCGGCUCCAUAAUGGGCAGAGACCUUAUAAAUGUAGCGAAUGUGCAAAAGCUUUUAAUCUGAGCUCUAAACUCUUAGACCACCAGAGAACUCAUACUGGGGAGAAACCUUAUGAAUGCAAGGAGUGUGGGAUAGCCUUUAGUUGGAGUAAAAGUCUUUUUUUUUUUGUACCAGGGAUCAAAUUUGGGUCCUUGCACUUACGAGGCAGGUGGUGGAACCACUGAGCUAAAUCCCCAGCCCGCGAGUAAAAAUCUUGGUCGACACCAGUUUCUUCAUUCUGGGAAGAAACCUUACAAGUGUGCUGAGUGUGGGAAAGCCUUCUGUUCCAACAGAAACCUUACUGACCAUCAGAGAAUCCACACUAGGGAGAGGCCCUAUGAGUGUAAUGAGUGUGGCAGGGCAUUCAG